UUAGUAUUUGAUGGGAUUUGGUAAUCAUAUGGUAUAUACAUAUCUAGGUCUGAGUAGCCAUUGUCCAGUCUAUAACCAAGCGUAAGUAGGGGUGUGACUGCAGCUAUAUUACAGCAUGGAGCAGUACAACAUUCUAGGCAGGAUAGGAGAGGGAGCACAUGGUAUCGUCUUCAAGGCUAAACACACUGAGAGUGGUGAAGUUGUAGCCUUGAAGAAAGUGUCAGUCAAGAAGUUGGAAGAUGGAAUCCCAAAUACAGCUCUCAGAGAAAUCAAGGCUCUUCAGGAAAUUGAAGAAAAUCCAUAUGUGGUAAACCUGCGUGAGGUAUUCCCGUACGGCUCUGGUUUUGUUCUAGUAUUUGAGUUCAUGUUGUCAGACUUGUCUGAGGUGAUCAGGAAUACCAACACCCCAUUGACAGAGGCUCACAUCAAAAGCUACAUGCUGAUGCUGCUGAAGGGUGUGGCUUUCUGCCAUAACAAUAAUAUCAUGCACAGGGACUUAAAGCCAGCCAAUCUUCUCAUCAGUUCUACGGGUCACUUGAAGAUAGCAGACUUUGGUCUGGCCAGAGUGUUUCAGAACGAAGGCAACCGACAAUACAGCCACCAGGUGGCUACCAGAUGGUACCGUGCCCCAGAGUUACUGUAUGGUGCCAGGAAAUAUGAUGAAGGUGUAGAUUUAUGGGCGGUGGGAUGCAUACUUGGAGAGCUGCUGAAUAACUCACCACUUUUUCCAGGGGAGAAUGACAUAGAACAGUUGUGCUGUGUGUUGAGAGUGUUAGGAACACCAACUGAAGCUACCUGGCCAGGCAUGUCAGAGCUUCCUGACUACAACAAGAUAACAUUCCCUGAGAACCCACCCAUUCCAUUUGAGCUGAUCCUUCCUGACAGUUCAGCUAUAGCUCUCGAUCUCCUUAAACGAUUUCUCGUUUAUCCAUCUAAGGAGAGAAUUUCUGCAAAAGAGGCCCUCCUCCACCCGUACUUCUUCAUGGAGCCACUACCAGCACACCACUCUGAGCUACCCAUACCUCAGCGCGGCAAGAAACUCAGACGUCCACAGCACGUGCAUGAGUACAACAUAGAUACGCCGUUAGAAGAAUCUCUCAUUGACCCAGACUCUGUCACUCCCCAUGUCAACAGGAAGAUAUGACCUGUCACCACUGUGUGUCAUUGACCCAGACUCUGUCACUCCCCAUGUCAACAGGAAAAUAUGACCUGUCACCACUGUGUAUGAUUGCAAACUUGACGUGCGGCCUGUUCUUGAAUCUUAUGAAUCUUCAGAGUAAUGUUUCUGGGACAUAAUUCAUCAUAUGUCAGGCAUUUAUUGGGAGUUCUUUGUGAUUUAAAUCUUCGCAUUUUUAAUCCUUUGAUUCUUUUGUGCUGAUAUCUCCAAGACAUGCAGCAUUAUUUUGAAUUGAUUCAACUGUUCACCCUGCCCAUCAUUUUGAAUUCAUUUACAUGAUUCAGAGGUGAGAAGGACAAGGGGUGUUUGUGACCCCCCCCCCUCCUCCUCCCCCCAGACACCCUCCAGACUGGAGCCUAUGGAGGACAUGGAGUUCCAGUGUAGUCUUACAAAUGUAACUCUGCAGAAUGUUUCUGAGUUUGAAUCUUGAUUUUGGUGUAAAUAUUGGGAUAUAAACAUUGCCACAGGGAUAUUUUAUUGUUGCUGGUAAUGAUAUGCACCAAAACCCUAUCAUGUGAUUAGUUGAUCACAUGGUUUAUUGCAAGGAUCUCAACACUUUUUAUUUUUCCAUGGUGUCAUGCAACCUGUUGGAGUCAGUGAGGGACAAAAUUGGCUGUAUUGAAAGGUGUCUAGGGUUAACAUGAUGCUGUCAGAUUAUAAAGACCAGUUGAAAAGUGGUGAUAAGCAAGUGAAGUAUUAUAGCAAUUAAAGAGGGCUUAGACUAUUUAAUCUGCAUAGAAGAUGCAGAGAAAUCUGCAAGGAGAAAUGGUACAUUGUGGUAGUUGAGAUGGGAAGCAUUUUAUUAGUGUGUCUCAACCAAGAUGUUAUAAUGAUUGUGUUUUUGUUCAAAUGCACCUGUAGUAUGAAAAGGGAGGCUGUUGCAAGAUCAUUUUAUCCACAAGUAAAUUGUGUAAGUUACAUUUUCUGAAUUACUUGUUUUGUGAAAAAUUAUAUUUAAAUUUAGAUUAUAUUUCAUUUAGUACAAUUUUAUCAUGAAUAAAGUCAAACAGUUUACUAACCAGUAUCGUUUCUUCCAAGCACCACCUGUAUGAAAGUUAAACUUUGGCUUGACCUUCACAUAAAUUGAUAGGCUAAUAUAGAUAAUGAAUCCUAAAACCACAUGAAGUGAGUAAUGAAUAAUAUUAUGAAAACUGAACGUGCAAUAUGGGCACAGAUAUUAUUUUCUACUUAAAAAAAAAUCUUCAAAAAUUGCAACAAAGCCAAAGGAAAGGGUGUGAUCAUUAUAGUUAUUUUUACACCUUAAUUAAUGAUUUUACCUAUUUUAAGAACACAGAACUGUUCACCAUUGUCAAGUUAUCAGCACAAGAGAAAUGAAUUAAAGUCAAUGUCACAAGAUUAAGUACUUUAUUCAAGCAAGAAAUAAAUGGAAUGUAUUGAAACCAAAAUCAAUUUAAUAACAUGUACCCUCAGAAACAAAGCCUGUUGUCAAUAAUUGUAGUAGAAAUAAUUUACAGCAGGCUGUGACCCUAUGGGGUAUA